UGCUGUGUCAGCACUAUGGGCUCUAUUUGGAUCAUGAAAUAAUUUGUAGCUCAGACUAGACUUAACUUGACUGCUAGAUCUGACGACAAGCAAGCUAAGCCAUGGAUGAAGAUGAGCUCCCAUCACUGAGUUUCCCAUCCCCCUGGAGCAGGAAUGGGCGUGGCAUAGACACUACAAGGGGUCGUGGCAGAGGUGUAAGAUACUCUGCGCUGGAUGUGAAGGAUCUUGACGAGGUGCCACUCAUGAGUGAGGAUGGUGUGGGCGGGAGUGAUGAGGAGACUGUGUGGGAGGGUGGUGGAAGCCACACAAGAUGGCAGCGACGGAUACGCUCACACUCCACACUAGUGAGCCUGCUCUUCAACGGAGGGUGGGUUGUCGUACUCAAGAACUGUGUCUCUUCACUGCUCUCUGUGUGUAGACGUAAGAAACAACCACAGUCACGGACCAUCAGUCUUGGCCACACUGACAACCAUCAGAGGUACGCACACAACAAGAUAUGCAAUCAGAAGUACACCAUGUGGACCUUCUUCCCAAAGAUUUUGUAUGAGCAGUUCAAGUUCUUCUUGAACCUUUACUUUCUGGCAGUGGCUCUCACUCAGUUCAUUCCUCAGCUCAGGAUAGGCUACCUCUACACCUACUGGGCUCCACUGUGUUUCGUGAUUGCCGUGACAACACUGAGGGAGUUCUACGAUGACCUGAAGAGAUAUUGGAGGGACAGGGAGAUCAACUCACAACGAUACCACAAACUGACUCCCAAAGGGAGAGUGGUCACUACAGCCAGUCAAAUACAAGUCUCUGACAUUCUUAUCAUAGAGAAGAAUCAGCGUGUGCCUGCUGAUCUGAUUCUCCUACGAACCACUGAGAAGUCUGGAACAUGUUUCGUACGCACAGACCAAUUAGACGGAGAGACAGACUGGAAGUUGAGGGUGGCCACUUGUCAGGGUUUGACCUCCAAUGAGGAGUUGUUUGGCGUCAACGGCUCAGUGUUUGCAGAGCCACCUCAAAAAGAUAUUCACAGCUUUGUCGGAAAACUUACAACGCAGAAUUCUGAUUCCGAGACCAAAGAAGACCCGCUUGGAGUGGAGAACACACUGUGGGCCAACACUGUACUAGCAUCAGGAUGUGCAGUGGGUGUGGUUAUCUACACUGGGGGUGAUACGAGGAGCGUCAUGAACACCACCACCCCAAGAUCAAAGAUUGGUUUGGUAGACCUGGAGAUCAACAGACUGACCAAGAUUCUGUUCCUAGCCACUGUAGUGUUCUCUGUAGCCAUGCUGGCACUCAAGGGUUUCUCUGGGCUCUGGUUUGUGUACCUCAUUCGAUAUGUCAUCCUCUUCUCCUACAUCAUUCCAAUCAGUCUCCGUGUGAACCUGGACAUGGGUAAGGUGUUAUACAGCUGGAGCAUACAGAGAGAUCGUCUCAUCCCGGACACCAUUGUCCGUACCAGCACCAUUCCUGAGGAGCUGGGCAGGAUAGAGUACCUCCUCACUGACAAGACUGGCACUCUCACCAGGAAUGAGAUGGUAUUUCGUAAGCUCCACUUGGGUAGUGGUGCCUACAGUACAGAGUCCAUGCCAGAGGUGAAGGAGAACGUGAGACAAGUGUUUCAGGAGCAGUCAGAAGUCAUUACUCCACAAACUGGGCAAAGACCUGCAAUCUCUCAGCGAGCAUCCAUUAAUCAUCUGUUUGAGUGUGUGAAGGCGAUUGCUCUCUGUCACAAUGUGUCCCCUGUACUGGACGAAGAUGAGUCACAUGACUUGGAGGACGGGUCAUGUGAUAGUGGGUCAGAACAAGAGGCAGUGGUGCUGUACGAAAAGGAUAGGUCUAACCAGAGUGGCAGUAUUUCAUAUCAAGCCUCAAGUCCUGAUGAGAUAGCUCUAGUAAGGUGGAGUGAGAGUGUGGGACUGACCCUGGUGGAGAGAGACCUAACCAGCAUGCAGCUACAAGGACCCAAUGGCCACAGACUCAACUACAAGAUAUUGCAGCUCUUCCCCUUCACUUCAGAGUCAAAGAGGAUGGGCAUCGUUGUGAAGAGUGUUGAUAGUGGUGAGAUAGUGUUCUACAUGAAGGGUGCAGACACUGUCAUGGCUUCUAUAGUGCAGUACAACGACUGGCUGGAUGAAGAAUGUGGUAACAUGGCGAGGGAGGGACUGCGUACUCUAGUGGUGGGGAAGAGGGUGCUCACUGAAGAUCAGUACGCCAGCUUUGAGACUCGGUACAAGCAGGCCAAACUGAGUGUGACUGAUCGGGCCUCCCAGGUAGCGGCAGUUGUGGGGGGACUGGAGGAGAAUCUGGAGCUCCUCUGUAUCACUGGAGUGGAGGACCAGCUGCAGACUGAUGUCAGGCCCACACUGGAGCUGCUCAAGAAUGCUGGUAUCAAGGUGUGGAUGUUGACUGGGGACAAGUUGGAGACAGCCACUAGUAUUGGACGUAGCUCAAAGCUCAUCUCUAAGACACAGACUCUCUUCACCUUCAAACAAGUGGGCAGCCGGAGUGAGGCUCACACUGAGCUCAACAACUGGAGGAAGAAGAACGACUGUGCUCUCAUAAUAGCAGGGGAUUCACUCGAGCUGUGUCUCCAGUACUACGAGAGUGAGUUUGUUGAGCUGGCGUGUCAGUGUCCAGCUGUCAUCUGUUGUCGGUGCUCGCCCACUCACAAGGCACAGGUCGUCAGUCUCCUACGAAACCACACCCACAAACCCGUAUGUGCGGUGGGGGACGGGGGUAACGAUGUGAGCAUGAUCCAGGCGGCUAAUGUUGGAGUGGGGAUUGUGGGGAAGGAGGGGAAGCAAGCAUCUCUAGCAGCUGACUUCUCUGUCACUCAGUUCAGCCACAUCAGUCGAUUAUUAGUCUGGCAUGGGAGGAACAGUUACAAGAGGUCGGCUGCUCUAAGUCAGUUUGUGAUGCACAGAGGUCUCAUAAUCUCCGUCAUGCAGGCUGUGUUUUCUUCUAUAUUCUACUUUGCAGCUGUAGCCCUCUAUGAAGGAGUGCUCAUGGUCGGGUACUCCACGAUCUACACCAUGUUCCCUGUGUUCUCGCUGGCUCUGGAUGAAGACGUAUCAGCUGACAUUGCUCUCAUGUACCCUGAACUCUACCAGGAGCUGAUGAAGGGACGAUCUCUCACACUCAAGACAUUCCUCAUCUGGGUCCUCAUCUCCAUCUAUCAAGGUGGUGUGAUAAUGCUGGUGGGAUUUCUUCUCUUCGAGUCGCAGUUCAUCCACGUUGUGUCCAUCACGUUCACGGCCCUCGUGCUCACAGAGCUACUUAUGGUGGCACUCAAGAUACGAACAUGGCACUUCCUGAUGGUCCUGGCCGAGGUCGUCUCUGUCGUCAUUUAUAUCCUCUCUCUCUUUGUCCUCAAAGAUUACUUUGACUCCUCCUUCUUACUGACGUUUGGUUUUGUGUGGAAGACGCUGGCUGUGACUGGAGCAAGCUGUGUGCCACUGUUCAUUGCCAAGUUCAUGCAGCGAUGGUGUGCUCCCUCCAGCUACACCAAGCUACUCAAGAAGAACACCAUGCUUAGAAACUGUUGCAAACUAACUUGCUAGUUUAUGUAUAUACAGCUAGUGCAAAUCAAUUUCAAUCACAUAAUUUUUAUUUUAUCGAUGCAUGACCGACAUUAAUUCCUCACGAAGUAGAAUUUUGUACCACUCUCUCAGCACAUAUACAUAUACGAGUUUCAAAUUUAACAACAAUAGUUAAUUAAUUUUGACAUAAUUAUGAACAAUGAGAA